AUGGCUGCGCCUUACUUCCAGAUGCCCCUCAAUUUCAAUGCGGAUGCGCUCGCUCUGCCCUCGGACCAACUGCACCUCGGCCUCCAGUCCUCGCCUCCUUCGAGCAACUCGUACAUCGGCUCGCCCGCCAACGUCGGCAAUUUGUCUCAUCCCUCGUCCAUGGCAGGCGCUCAGCCGCAGCCGCAGUCGCAGCCGCCGCGCACCGUGUCCGGCGGCGGCAGCGGCGGAGGCAACCGCAAGGGGACGAGCGCCGAGAGGCGCGCCACCCACAAUGCCAUCGAGCGUGCCCGUCGCGAGUCGCUCAACGGGCGGUUCCUGCAGCUGGCCGCCUCGCUGCCGGCCAUCGCCGACGUGCGCCGCCCGAGCAAGUCGCUGAUCGUCAACAAGUCGCUCGACUUUGUCCACACGUCGCUCAGCCACGAGGCGCUGUACCGCAAGCGCCUCGACAGCCUGCGCAGCGAGAACGAGGCGCUGCGCGAGCAGCUCAACGAGUUCCGCAAGCAGGCCGGCCUCGAUCCCCUGCCGGCGCCCGUCGUCGACGAGCUGCCGCUCCCGCUGUCCGAGAUGGGCGACAAGAAGCGCAGCGGAAGCCUCUCCGGCAACGCAGCCGGCGCCGGUGAUCUCGGCGAGUACGACGACGACGAUGGCCUCAAUGCCGGCUCGAGCGAGGGCGAAGCGAGCCGCACCAGCCCCGUCGUGGCAGCCUCUUCGAACCCUGGCGCCAACGGACACGGUCUGCCCUCUGGCUUGACCGGCUUCGAUCAUCUGCAAGCCGCCCAGCUCGGCCAGCACCAGCAGCACUCGAACCCGAUGGCCCUCGCCACCGGUCUGCCCGGGCAGGGCCGUGCCUCGUCGACUGCAUCGACCCACUCGGAAGAGGUCGGCGCGGCCGCGCAGGGGAGCUGGAACUACGCCUCGUCCUCCAACGGGCUCGGCGUGACGCCCUCGAGCUCCAACUUUGGCGGCGACUUUACCUUCGCCGCCACUUCGAACCUGCUUAACGGCGGCGGCGGCAGCAGCAGCAACGCUGCUGGUGGCCAGCUGUCGGCUCCAGGCUUCCCGCACUUUGCCGGGCUGAGCCAGUCUUCCGGGUCGCACGACGCGUCAACCUCCAUCGAUCCGCUCGUGCAGCCCUCGUCGGCCCCCCUGGACACGUACAGUGCGCUCCGAGGCCCGCAGCAGACGUAUGGCCAGUACAUGGCCGCGUUUGAUCACGGGCACUCUGGCGGCCAGUCGCAGCACCCGUUCCUCCAGCACCAGCACCAGCAGCAGCACAAUCUCCACCACCAUAACCUCAACCAGCAGCAGCAUUUUUUUGAUCCAUCGCCGCGGCAGCCAACGGCGACGUUCCUGACCACUGCCGUCUGA